CUUGGCUCAGUUUGGCACCAUUACAGCUGAGGCUGAGCUCCAACCCUUUUCAAGUCAAAAGACUUUUUGCAGCACAAAGGCCAAGCCGGCGUCACGAGUUUCCCUCUUCCCCCCUUUCGCCAUCGAUCACUGCGACCGGCUCGGAUUGAAAUAUAGAAAGAUUAGAUAAACGAUUCUGUGCACCGCACCGUGGGCGACGAUAGACUGCCCACGUCGGAGUGGGAGAUCAGUUUUUCCCCUCGCGUUCUGGUUUUCCCUUUCGCUGCUAGUAUUCUGGGGUUUGGAUCUGGCAUAUUUUAGGUAUGUCUCUCUCCGAAAAUUAUUGGAUUUGUGGCUAAAUGUAUCAGGUUUUUCAAAGAGAGACCGCUCGAUCGCACUCUCAAAAUCAAGGGGCGUAUCAAUUUGGGGUGCGCGAAUCCGAGGGCACCGGCGUUUUGAAAAAUUCUCCCUUUCGGCAACAAAUUAAGUCCGCGAAAUAGGUUGGUGGAGAUAGUUGGCGGUCAUGGCUGUCAUCAACUUGGAUGCUUCGAAGCAGUACACCACCACUACGGGCCUUGUCGUAGGAUAUGCUCUCUGUUCGAGCUUGCUCGCCAUUAUAAACAAAUAUGCCAUCACAAAGUUCAGUUACCCCGGCCUCUUAACCGCACUGCAAUACUUGACUUCUGCUCUCUGUGUCUGGGUUCUUGGAAAGUUUGAAGUUUUACAUCAUGAUCCUUUCACCCUCGAGAAUGCCAAAAAAUUCUUGCCUGCGGCCACUGUCUUUUAUCUUGCCAUCUUCGCCAACACCAAUCUCCUUCGCCAUGCCAAUGUCGAUACAUUUAUAGUUUUCCGAUCCCUAACUCCGCUCCUCGUUGCUAUUGCUGAUACUGUCUUCAGAAAGCAGCCUUGUCCUUCGAAACUCACAUUCUUAUCACUUGUCAUUAUAUUGAGCGGUGCGGUUGGGUAUGUGAUCACUGAUUCGGCGUUCUCCCUCACUGCAUACUCAUGGGCCGUUGCUUAUUUGGUUACCAUCACCACAGAAAUGGUUUACAUAAAGCACAUGGUGACCAACCUUGGACUCAAUACAUGGGGAUUUGUUCUCUACAACAAUUUCCUCUCGUUGUUGAUGGCCCCGGUGUUUUGGGUCAUUACAGGGGAGUAUGUGGAUGUUUUCACCGCUGUUGCGUCAAGUUCUGGGGGUUGGUUUAGGUUGGAUGCUUUUGUUGCAGUGACUUUGUCAUGUGUUUUUGGAUUACUCAUCAGUUUCUUUGGUUUUGCGGCGAGGAAAGCAAUCUCGGCCACGGCGUUUACGGUGACUGGUGUUGUCAACAAGUUUCUUACUGUUGCUAUCAAUGUGAUGAUCUGGGAUAAGCAUGCAAACUCGUUUGGUCUGGUUUGCUUGCUUUUAACUCUUGUGGGGGGAGUUCUUUAUCAACAAUCAGUUACUAAUAAGCCAGUGCCUUCAUCUGACAGCGAAACUGCAGCAUCUAAACAGGCAGAUAGUGGGGUCGAGGAUGGUGAUUCUGAACUUCUCAUAAAAGAUGGUGAUUCUGAAGAUGCGGACCAAGAUAUUGAAAUGUCUGCUAAGGGUUCCAAGGUAUGAACAUUAUGAUAGAGUUUCUAUUUCUUCAAUUUGAAUGUCUGGCCCAAAGCUUUACUCAUUCUGUUAUUAGGACAAGAACUAUUGUUAUUGCGUUCAUCUUUUUGAUCUUUUAUACUAAUUUCUUGUAUGGAAACCAUGUUAACGGUUUUCUAUCAGGGGAGGAGAGAUACCUGGCUAUACUGUCCCUUCCUUUCUUAUUGUUUUACGAACAUUUGUCACCUUUUGAGGAUUUUAAAUAAUUCAAAUAUCUGGGUUUGCAGCA